AUGGCUCGCCCGCAAACUAUCGCCCUGCAGGGGCUAGGUGCUGCUGCUCUAGCGGCGCUUCUACUCUAUCUAGUCUUUCCUAUGCACUUUGCAGGGACAUCGUUUGGUCUCUCUGCCUCACAGGAGACCCUGAUUACCACCCAUCUGAAAUUUCUUUAUAACAUUGGUGAUCAUGAAAUCAAAUUCUACUCACAGAACGGUGAGGAUGGAGCAAUACAGUAUAUAUUUGCAAACCUGGGAACCACAAACAAGUACUAUGUGGAAUUCGGUGUAUUUGAUGGAACUGAAUGCAAUACCAAGUGGCUAUGGGAAAAUCAACGAUGGGAUGGGCUUCUCAUGGACGGGAAAGCAAAGUCCUAUGAUAGUAGGGUCAUCCACAACCACUUCAUAAACAGGACAAACAUUGUCCCCCUAUUUCAGAAAUACGAAGUUCCCAACGCCUUUGAUAUCCUAUCCGUCGACCUCGACUCAUCCGAUUAUUGGGUGCUGAAGGCUAUCUUGACUGCCAAAUAUCGCCCAAGAGUUAUCAUUAUAGAGAUCAACAGGAACUUUGAGGUCGACGAGCCCUAUACUGUGAACAAGGAGAGAGUUUUAUGGACGGAGCCGGCCUCCCUUUUUGGACUGUCCCCACUAGCCGUCAGUUAUCUAUGCAACAAGUUUGGUUACUCGAUGAUAUACGUAGAUAAAGCCGUAGUGAAUGGCUUUUGUGUAGCCAGAGAAGUGUUGUCUGACCUGGUUCGCCAACGAACUGGAAUCGUAGUCAGCCCACAUGACCUGAAACGCUUCUUGCCAACCUUUGAGUACAUAUAUAGAAGACAAGGCCCCUUGGCCGUUGAUAGUUUGGUGCGUUUUAAAAAGGAGGUACUGCCGUUGGAUGUGUGGAAUCGCGUCGACGAGAACGGGGACGUAGUUAUUGCCGCCGAAGACGUGAAAGCCUGA